GAGGGAGAGAAAGAGAGAAAGAGAGGGAAGAAAACGCUACAGCAAAAGACGAAAGAAGGGGGAGGUCGGGGAAAAUUGCAGCAAAGAAAGAAAGAAACGUUAAUCGGCGUUGUUUCAUUUUCAGAUUUUUUUUUUUUUUUAAAGACUUGAUUUUUACGCGCUGGUUUUUCCCUGCCCUCCCAGACGUUUUGGACGCUUGUGCGACUUCUUCUUCACACAUUUCUUUAUUUUUCGUCUCUCUACUAUUUGUUUUUUUUGUUGUUGUUGGAGAGUUCAUUUUGUUUCCAGCAGGAUUUGGAAACAGUAAGCACCGCUCCGAGGAAGCGUGUCGGUGUUGAGGUACAUUCAGUUUAUUAAUUUACAACAGCGUGUAUGUGUGUGUUAGUGGUGACGAAGACGAAGCCUUUUCUGUUAUAAAAAAAAAAAGAAGAAGAAGAAAAAGCUGGGAAGAAGAAAAAAAAAACGACAUGUUUCUGCCUCUGCCCGUGUUUGGAGUCAUUUAGCAGAAGCGAGACGCUGGAGAACUUUUGUCUCGACAAAUAUAUGAGUAGCUUUUAAAUCGACCUAAAGGUAUCACAUUGAUACAACUUCUUUAAAACUUCUUCAGCUGCAUCCAGGAUUAAUAAAUAAAGAAAUAAACUUCCAAAUAAGAAUUUUUUUGGAUGUGACCGCUACAUUCAGCUCCAGCCACCGGACACUUCCUUCACCUACAACAAAACAAGUCGUUUUUGAAGACUAUUGUGCUUUAAAAGCUCUAGCCUCGGAGAGAGCCGUUCCAGUUGUAUUAUUUGCCAGCUGGCCACAGAGUGGAAAGGCAUCAUUAAGCCUCGACCAAAUGGAUGUGCAUGUUUCUCUUCUCCCAUCCAGCACCAUGAGAGCCGCGACGUGGAAACUCUCAGCCCACAUCAAACAUCUCCUUCAGUCUCAUUAAUCCGAGAUGUAGUCCACAUGCCAUUACGUAUUCUUUUUUUUCUAACUUAUCUUUAUUUUAUCUGAGGUAUUUAUUCAUAGCUGAACAAACAGCGGAUAAGUCUUGAACUGUUUUUUUUUUUAAUUAUUAUUAUUUUGUUAACCUUUUUAUUGUCUUUGUCAUUUCAUCUGCUGUAGAUCUAGAAAGACUUGAACAUUGUUUUUUUGUGUGUUUACACUGUAUUUAUGAUACUGUAUUUAAGCUGUAGUCUUUCAGGUGUCAUUUCUGAACAAGAAAACAAAAAGGUGUUUGAUGGUUAACACUUGUUCAGGCUAUUUAUUAGGUUUAUAAGUUUGCAUCAUGGAGAGAAUCGGUACCAAACUCAAACAAAAAUUUAAACUGGCUGAUUCGGGCAGUGUCAAGUUCAGCAAAAAGAAAAACGAACUAUCCAAUACAAAUAACAACAGUAACAGUGUAAAUAGUGCAGCGCCAGGUGUGACCCACUUGAACCCCGUGACAAACCCGUCACCUGCGAGUACGGCUCAGUUCAGCCUCACCUGCUCACCCUCCAUCGAGUCUUCUUCAGGUGCCAGGUCGGCUAAGGUGGUCAACUCACAAAGGGUGUCUUCUUGUGCUGCCUCCACCAACUCACCUCCUGUACCAGAGGAAACUGGGCCUUCGCUCGAACACCACCCAGUGACUAUUGCUCCCUUGCGGCGCCGUUCCCCUCAGCAGCGUGUUUCCUGCUACCUACCUGACACUGUGGAAGGCCGAAGUGCAUGUGAUCAGCCCAAGCGUACUGAUUUGCCUCAAGGUGAGCAUGCCGACCCACAAGGUGCCUAUAGCCCGAAUUCUCGCAUCGCACUGAACCAGCGACGGUAUUCUCUAGAGCUUCAGCAGCUUGUGAGAAGGCAGCAGCUCCUCGCUCAGCCUCCACUCUCUUCCAUGCCGCCUCCGUACCCGACAACUGGCUCGGUCACCCGGUCCGGCUCUGCCGAACCAAGCUUUCUGCCUGAACCAGAACGCCACAAGCGCUUCUCUCUGCAGGAGGCACUGUUCUACAAGCGCUGGAGCUCUGGAGGGGAGCCAUGGGACAGCGGCAGGCCAGCAUCGCUUUCUCAUCCUCCAAUGAGGAGUCAUGAAGGUGCUGGGGCUACCUGCCUCUUUCCUUCUGGAUCAGCACUAAGCCCCUGCUCCUCCUUUAGUCUGCAGGAGUCCGUAUUAGCCAGCCCACGUUCAAGCUUCGCCAGCAGCACAGCUAGUGGAGGUGGUGGUGGUGGAGGAGGAGGAGGAGGGGGCACAAGUGGAAGUCCUAUUGGAAGCCCAUGCAGCAGCAACCGCACCAGCGGCAUUAGCCUUGGCUAUGACAGUCGCCAUGUUUCUGGGCCUGCCCAGCCAUUGCAUUUCUCCUCCACACAGCUAGUUGGAGCCACUACUGGGCAUGUGUACUCAACAUCUGGCCCUGGGAAAGCAGCAGCGCCCCCGAUAGAGGUGUGGAGGGACUAUCUAGAACGGACAUCAGGGAUCGGCGGAGGUUUUCAAGAUGGCCGUCAUUCAUACCCACCAGCGGGCAGUUCCCCAGCUGCAACAGAGUGGUGGAGUAGUGUAGAGCAAAGGGGACCACGAACAGAGAGCCCAGGGGAGCGGAUGAGGCAUUCAGACCUACCAGGUACCCACUACCAGCAGGAGUUGACACGCCUCCUACUGAGGGACAUGACUCUGGAGGGAGAUGAGCAGCUGGAAGGACUAGCCUUAAGGGAGCAGCCACUGUCCACCUCUACACCUCCUGCAGCCAGUGUGUCUGUGGCUGCGAAACCUCAGGAGGAACAUGUGUCUCUGAGGGAACCUCCAUUAGCCACGGACCGGCAAGAAUUUUUUGGAACAUGUGUGAAGUGUGGAAAAGGUGUGUACGGGGCAGAUAAUGCUUGCCAGGCUCUGGACAGUCUUUAUCACACUCGCUGUUUUACCUGUGUGUCCUGCGGUCGCACACUAAGAAACAAGGAUUUCUACAAUGUCAGUGGAUCAGUGUACUGCAAGGAGGAUUACAUGUUUUCUGGCUUCCAGGCAGCAGCAGAGAAGUGCUGUGUGUGUGGCCACCUGAUCCUGGAGCAGAUUCUUCAGGCCCUGGGAAACUCGUAUCACCCAGGCUGUUUCCGCUGUACAGUCUGCUCCAAGACGCUGGACGGCGUGCCUUUCACAGUGGACUACCUCAAUAACGUCUACUGCGUUGCAGACUACAACAAGACAUUCGCUCCUAAAUGCGCUGCCUGUUUACAGCCUAUUUUACCUGCUGAGGGCAGUGAGGAGAUUCUCAGGGUGGUAUCCAUGAACAAAGACUAUCACUUUGAGUGCUAUCACUGUGAGGAGUGUGGGAAGCAGCUCUCCGAUAAACCAGGCUCUCAGUGCUUCCCGUUGGACUCCCACCUCCUCUGCCACUCCUGUCACAUGAGCAGGGCGUGCGCCUCUCACAACCUUCCACCACACAGCACACACUGAAGUGGAGGAACCAAUCUGUUGGACCAACGUACACUGCUUUGUAAAAUGUAUGCAUAAUCGUGACCAAGAUUGUCACUGUCUCUUAAAGUAUUUGCUCUUUCCUUGUUCUUUCAUCACCUGCACAAACACAUUACAACACUGUAAAGAGUUGGUGUGAUGUUAUUGACUGAUUUAUUUUCCUUUCAAACGUGAGGUCCUACAUUUCAAGUGUGGAGCUAGAUGGACAUGUGUGUCCCUCUAGUGGCCAGUAAGUUCACAGACAGAAUCCUGCUGACUAAACCCUCAGAACAAAGGGUCGAUGACUGGGGUCGACCUUACUAAGUUAUUAGGGAGAAUGAAACAUCAUGUUGAGCUACUGUUUAUAUUCUCAUAUCUGCUGUAGAAAAAAAUACAAGGGAUUAUUCUUAACUUUUAAAUAUUUAAUAUCACUAGCAAAGAUUUUGCACUUAAAUGAACGUUUACCUUUUAAGAGAUUUUUUUUUAAAGAAAUGUUUCUGCAAAAGAGUAAAACAUUCCUGUAUCUGUCUUUAUUAAUAAACUUCUUUCUCAGUUAUAAAGUGAUUUCUGCUGUUCCACUUCAAGGAAGAAAUGUUUAGUAAGACAUUUUGUCUUAUGAUUACAGAGCACAAUAUUAUUUUUAACUAAUCCAGUGUCAUGUCAAACUGCUGUUACUAUGACAGCACAGGCAGGCAGUCUAAGAGGAGACACCAUCUGUCUGCUGCUGUACAUAAGAGCCCAAACCUCCAUGCUGGAUUCGCAAAGCAGCAAAGGGAAAAUGCUUAAUUUGCUCUUAACCUUAAAGAUUAAGUGUCCACUUAUCAGUCCAAAAAUGUAAUAAUAUUCUCCAACAACUUUUCCUUGAGUCACUUUUUUAUUCUUUGUACAUUCGGCAUACUCAGAAAAAAAAUCAAAAAGCAAAUAGGAAUUUCUCUUUUUCAAACUAAAACAAACAAAAAACGUUAAAACAUCAUUAAAAGGUGAACCUUUCCUCUCGUCUAUAACUG